AUGUCUUCCGAUGAGUUCGAUAACCUACCGGACGACUUUGCCGACCUUCAGAACGUGGAUUGGGUUCAGAUUCUGGCGGGGCCACCCAAUACAGCCAACACGCAACCCGUCCAAGCUAGCCCGACACAUCGAAUAGAAUCGCCAGCUACACUCUCCGGGUCUAGCACUACUACGACGUCUUCCUCGUCCUACUUCUCCGACGAUGACGAUAUGGACUCGUCAUUCCUCGCGGAGCUCGAUCGGGUUGAAGAACAAGUCAUACAAGGCACUCGUCAGCCAGGUGGUGGUGUGGUGAACCUACGGACUGCGGAACGAACAGCGAGAGAUGGGUAUGGUGUUGGGACCUCGUCCGCUGGCCCGGCCUAUGGCUUGCUUGUGCCACAAAACCUAUCAAAUCGCACGUCUGAAGUGGUCACCUCUCGUCAUUUCGCGGUUGCAGAUAGCUCUUCAGCUCCCCAAAGUCUCAAUGGAGUCGGUUCAGUUUCCAAAAGAAACGUAGAAGAAACGUCAAACGUACCAUCUAAGAGGCUGCGCCCAAACGAACCUACCGACCCAGUAUCGCCGAAGAGGAAGGGGAAGAUGAAGGCUAGCGAUGAUAUUCAAGGAAUGCUGUCCACGUAUGAGGAUGACCUGACUUGUCCGAUAUGUUGCGACAUUUUUGUUUUCGCUCAUGUAGGGAACCCUUGCGGCCAUACCGUCUGCGGAGAGUGCGGAUGGCUUUGGCAUGUCGAAAACAAAAACAAAGGAUGUCCAUACUGUAGAAGACCACUGGAAGUCAACCAUCCGAUGAUACCAAAUAUCGCCAUGGAUAACGUCGUAGAUAAGCAUGUGCAAGCUUUGGCAGCGAGUGGCGCUCAGGAAUGGGAGCCAGGUGGCCGGAAGUAUAAGGAAUGGGCUGACAGACGACAGGCAUGGAAAGAUAGCGCAGCGAAAAGAGAGCGUCACAGAGCAGCGCGUAUAGCACAGAAGAGGCCACGGUCAUAUGCAAUCCAGGUGCUCAACCCGUUCGGCCCACCGAUCGAGUGGGUUGAUAACGUCGAAGAAGACCCAACAUACGAAGAGGACAGCGAUGUAGAGCUCAUUCCGAGACCGAUGCGGAGGGCGUUGCGACGACGUGCACGCAACCCUGGAGGAGUGAAUAUCAUCGACAUUGGAUGA